UGAACCACAGCAGUUCGCUCCAUCGACAGUAUGGCGCUUACUAUCGUUAUCCUGGGGGCUGGAUGGACCGGAUUACCUCUGGCCCAUCGCCUCUUAAAAUACACUUCACCAAAAGCCUCCAUCAAAAUCAUCCUAGUAACACCUAGCUCACACUUCUUUUGGAACGUGGCCGCCACGCGAGGUGUCAUACCUGGGGAAAUACCAGAUGACCAGCUAUUUUAUCCUAUUGAAGCCCAGUUUCAGCAAUAUUCAACAGAUGUGUUUGAAUUGGUGCUUGGUUCAGCUCGCUCAAUUGAUGAUGCUGCAAACACCGUCCACAUCGAUCUCAACAACGGCGAGGCUCGCGACCUCCACUACGAUCAGCUAGUUAUUGCGACUGGGUCGCGAUUGAAGAGUAAUGUCCCGCUGAAAUUGGUUGGGGAUUACAAAGCGUCCAAACAAUUGUUCAAUACUCUCCAAGAAAAAGUCGGCAGAGCAAACGACAUUGUUAUUGCUGGCUCUGGGGCGACUGGCUGUGAGGUCGCUGGAGAGUUGGCAGCAAAAUAUGGCAAAGAAAAAAGGAUUACACUGAUAAUUUCCGGAAAAUCUCCUCUUGCUAACCAACCUGGGAUAAUUGACUCUGUCAAGACCACCAUCGUCAACGACUUGCGCAAGCUCAACGUCACCCUCAUCUUCAACAAGAGAGUCGAGGAAUCACAAGAUGCUGACACAAAGACGGUCGUGUCUUUAUCAGACGGCAGCCAAAUCACUACAGAUUUAUAUUUACCUCUUUUUGGUAUACAACUGAAUACCGAGUUCGUCCCUACAACGUUUCUGGACGACGCCAACAACAUCCGCCUUGACGAAACCCAUCAGGUGUCUGGCACCAAAAACAUAUGGGCUUUGGGAGACGUGGGAAAUCUGCAUUCCAAACAAAUCACCAGCACUGACGGCCAAAUAAUCUAUCUUGCCUCGGUACUGGAACAGGUGGCACUAGCAAAGACUGAGUUGUCACCCAAGCCAUACAAACCAUCCGAUAAGCCCAUGGUAUUUGUUGCCAUGGGUCGCAAGUACGCGACUGGUCAGAUAGGCGGGUGGCGACUCCCAGGAUGGGCAGUGUCGUAUCCAAAGGGUCGGAAAUUGUUUGUCGAUUCGGCUGCAGGCUACGUAGCAGGGAAGAAGCUGCGGCACGAAUCCAUGUGAGGGUUGGCUCAGAGCCUGGUCGGUCUUUGGGCCGUGCGUGCAUGCGUGCCGCUAGUUGAUGUGUCACUUUGUUCAAAUAAGGAGGGGGGCUCUUUGGUGUUCAAUGGCAAGGCUUGCAUAUCCGUAGACCAUGAUUGAAUGAGCGUGAUCUUCAGGUAUUAAUUAGAAGAAUGCAAUCACUUCAUUUAUAGUGCCC